AUGGAGACCGAGAAGAAUAACAAAGAGGUAGGUCUGAAACACCUAGGGUUCGUUAGAAUCGCGGCGAUCCACGCUCUCGUUUGCGUCUCGAGUCUCUACGAAUACGCGAAACAAAACUCCGGCCCUCUCAAACCCGCCGUCGGUAAAGUCGAAGGAGCCGUCACCGCCGUCGUCACCCCCGUCUUCAACAAACUCAAAGACGUUCCCGAUACUCUCCUCGUCUUCCUAGAUCACAAGGUCGGUGAAGUUUCGUACAAGUUUGAUAAGGAUGCUCCUCCAAUGGCUAAGAAAGUGGCGAGUACAGCGAGUGUUUUGAUCCACAAGGCAACGGAGAAGACUCAAGGGUUUGUGAAAGAGGCACGUACCGGUGGACCAAAAGCUGCCUUUGUCUACGCUGCGAAUGAGUACAAGUGCUUGGUUGUGACUUGCUCUGUGAAAGUCUGGGCUAAACUCAACCAGUACAAGCCAAUCCAUGCGGUUGGGGACAAGGCUUUGCCUGUUGUUGCACAUUAUUCCACUGUGUAUAAUGAUUUGGUGACGGAUAUGUCGCAGAUGGGUUAUCCUGUGGUUGGUUAUCUUCCUUUGGUCCCUGUUGAUGAUAUUGUCAAGGCUUAUGCAAAGGAAGAUGCAGCUGCAAGUAAGAAAGGAGAUGCUGCUACUGCUGAUGGGAAUAAAUCUUCGUCUGAUUCUGAUUCGGAUUGA